CGGCAGGGAUGCUCGACUCUGAGGCAAUUUUAAAUUCUUUGAAUGGGAGCUCUGGGCGCCUACUAAUAUUUGGAGCAGAAUGACCCACCCCUAAUGAAUGAGACGAUUCUGAGCUUCGCAGCACACGUUAUCCAGAAACGAAAAUAUGGCAUCCGCUCAAGACCCUUUGGAUGGAAUAUCGGGGGUGCUCGAGAACGGCAAGGACGGCAUCAAGGCGACUUUAUUCCUCUUUAUUGCCAUCGCUUGCUACAACGUGGUGGAGCUGGUGGUCCUCGUCCUAUCGACGUUCCGGCGCUGGGGCGGUCUUUAUUUCUGGAGCUUGCUUCUCUCGGGCUGCCUGGGAGUGGUUCCAUACUCGUUGGGUUUCCUGCUGAAAUUCUUCACCGGAGCCACCUCCAUCUUGUCGGUCACCAUGCUCAGCGUCGGCUGGUGGACCAUGGUCACCGGUCAAUCAUUCGUCCUCUACUCGCGUCUUCACUUGGUGAUCCGCGACGAGCGCAUCCUGCGGCGCGUCCUUUAUAUGAUCAUUGCGAAUAUAUUCCUCCUCCACAUACCUACAACCAUCCUCACAUACGGUUCCAACGUCAAGGACCCAUCGCGCCGCUUUGUACAAGGCUAUAACAUUAUGGAGAAGCUGCAGAUGACCGGCUUCACAAUCCAAGAGGUGAUCAUCUCGGCGUUGUAUGUGUGGGAAACCGUCAGAAUGCUCCGGCUGGGGUCGGAGCGCUCCAAACAAAAGAUUAUGCACCAGCUCGUGGGGAUCAACGUGUUGAUGUUCGUCAUGGACUUGGUGCUUUUGGGCUUGGAAUACGCCAACUACUACGCCAUCCAAAUCACGCUCAAAGGCGCCAUCUACAGCAUCAAACUCAAACUCGAAUUCGCGGUGCUCGGGAAACUCGUCGACGUCGUCCACAGCCACCAGCGGCCGCCAUCACUCGACAACGCAGUGCAGUUAAACUCGCUGGAUGCCGGAAACGCCGCGAUGCCGGCAGUCGGGUCAUCCAGACUCUCGCGGAAUAUGACCUUUUGCACGGUGGCCGACGCGCUGACGUGUGGACCAUCCCGACAAGAAAAUAAGGCCAGUCCUCGAAGGAUGGCCAACGGGAAGAUCGUGACGAUGACGGAAGUCUCGACGUGGGUUGAACGGCGCAGGGGGAACAGCAGCGUCUGAGUUGGGUUCCAGCGGGCCCAGCGUGACGAUUUACGAUGUAAAGAAUCGAAUAGUAUAUAGGAAGUAUUCCGGAUAAUUAAUCCAAUAAUAAUAGCGGUUUGCUAGUGUCUUUCUAGCAAUCCCGCAUCGUCGUCUUCGUUCCACCCAAACUCCCCGUCCGAAUCUUCGUCCUGGCUGUCUGCGAUCUCGUCGACCUUUCGUUUUCGUGUAGU